CCUGAGGGCAAGAGCUGAGGAGAAAAAUAGGCAGCGAGGGCUGACCUUGUCGUUACUGACAGUGGAGCAGCACAUCCUGCGGCUUUCUGGAAAGCGGCCCGAAGGACAUUUUUACCCCUGGAGGAAGGAAGCGGGAGGGCGCCGGCCGGACCGCAGCGGGCGCGGCGGUGGUCUGGGCGGGCUGUGCAGCCUCUAGCGGGGACGGUCCGAGGACUACAUCUCCCAGGCUGCUCUGGGCCGCCCUGCGUCGUGACCCCGGCGCGCACGGAGGCGGUGACUCUUACCUCACAGAGGUAUCUCCUCCGCCGGCAGCUACUCGGCUCCCGCGGUCCAUGGACCGGAACCUCGGGCCGACGGGCAGGAACCCCGGCCGCGAUCGCCGCCUCCCCGACCCAGGCUCCUCCUCCUCGCUCCCCACCGCCUCCUCCGGACGCCCGCCGGCCCCGCACCCCAGCCGCCGGGCUCGCGGAGCUUCCCCGGGAAGCUGGGUGGCGGGUUCGCGGCUACCGCCGGACUGAGGCCUACUCCGCCACCUCUUAGUGCCAUUGUCCCUGGCCUAGCCCUGACUGGGUCCACAGGGGAGGGCCAAGUGCGCCGGCCUCAAGGAAGAUGCCGGACCAAGCCCUACAGCAGAUGCUGGACAGAAGUUGCUGGGUGUGUUUUGCCACUGAUGAAGAUGAUAGAACAGCUGAAUGGGUGAGACCAUGCAGGUGCAGAGGAUCUACAAAAUGGGUUCACCAAGCUUGUCUACAACGCUGGGUGGAUGAAAAACAAAGAGGCAACAGUACAGCCAGAGUGGCAUGUCCUCAGUGCAAUGCUGAAUACUUAAUAGUUUUUCCAAAGUUGGGUCCAGUUGUUUAUGUCUUGGAUCUUGCAGAUAGACUGAUCUCAAAAGCUUGUCCAUUUGCUGCAGCGGGAAUAAUGGUUGGCUCUAUCUAUUGGACAGCUGUGACUUAUGGAGCAGUGACAGUGAUGCAGGUUGUAGGCCAUAAAGAAGGUCUGGAUGUUAUGGAGAGAGCUGAUCCUCUAUUUCUUUUAAUUGGACUUCCUACUAUUCCUGUCAUGCUGAUAUUAGGGAAGAUGAUUCGCUGGGAAGACUAUGUACUUAGACUGUGGCGCAAAUACUCAAAUAAACUACAAAUUUUGAAUAGCAUAUUUCCAGGGAUUGGUUGUCCUGUUCCUCGAAUUCCAGCAGAGGCUAAUCCUUUAGCAGAUCAUGUCUCUGCUACCCGAAUUUUAUGUGGAGCCCUUGUCUUUCCUACUAUUGCGACAAUAGUUGGUAAAUUGAUGUUCAGUAGUGUUAACUCUAAUUUACAAAGGACAAUCUUGGGUGGAAUCGCUUUUGUUGCCAUAAAAGGAGCGUUUAAGGUUUACUUCAAACAGCAGCAAUAUUUGCGUCAGGCACACCGCAAAAUUCUAAAUUAUCCAGAGCAAGAAGAAGCAUAAAACUGUGACUUCUAGUUGUUCUUCAGUCCUCUCAUCCUUACGAAUCUGUUGUCUUGUUUUGAUUCCAUCAUUAAUGCACUUGUGGAGACUUGUGAUAAGCUGCUGCUCCUAUAUUUUUUAAGAAAUAUAAUAAAGCACUUAGGGCAGGGGAAAUCGUCUUCAGUAAUCACGGAACCUAAGGAUGUGAUUUGUUUUCAUUGUCUUGUAUGUACUUCUCUUAUGGCAGUCAUCUGAACAUCUUAGCAUGGUAAACCUGGGUUUUGUUCAUAUUUUCUUCAGACAGGAAUGUAAAGAUCAAACAGUGCAAAUAUUAAAAAAUGCACAUGCUAUUUUAUUCAAAUGCCUCUUUGUACAUGUUCAUGUUCAGUGUUUUCUUAGAAUCAGCAACUCAAUGAAAAUACUAUAAGGAUUUUUCUCACUGGCAUAAUUUGAUUACAUACUAAACAGGAGCCUAUGUUAAUAUGAGGGAAAGUAAACUAAUUAGUUAUAAAUGAAUAACAAACCAAAAAUGUAUGUAAACAUUCAAACAAUUACCUGAACAAAUAAGACUUUAUUGUGUUUUCUUUAACCCAUGUAAUGUCCUCCAAAAUAUGUAGGGUAAAAAUUCACAGGGCUUCCAGAUCACUUUUUCACUAUUAUAUUUUAUUUAUAUUAUGGUGACAUCAAAGUUCAUAAUGUAAUUUUAACUCCUACAGGUCUUGAUUACCAUGUGUGCGUGUGCAUGCGUGUGUGUGUGUGUGUGUGUGUGUGUGAUCAGAUCCUUCCAUCUCUGGAAUAGGGUUUUUAAAUCCAUAUUUCUAGAAAUUAGAGCUGCCAGUUUAUAGUAGUUUGAAUCGAGUGAUUUGCAAAAAAAAAAAAAAAAACAUCAAAAAGUUACUUUACUCUCCUCUUCCACUCUGAUUUAGUUAUUUAGGUAUUUGUUGACCACCUCCUAUCUGCCCAGGCACUGUGCCCAGUGCUAUGAGAUACAGGGGUGAACAAGACAGACUUGGUCCCAGUUCUUACAGAGUUCACAGUCUAGUUUCAGCAGGUAGAAAACCAGCAGUGAAUAAAACCAAGGUGAGGCCUUGAGCUCUUUGUUUUUAUAUCAGUCAAUGAGGAGAAAAUUAUGGAAACAAGAAGUCUUUAGUAAAUAUUGAAGUCAUUGUUUUUGGCUGAAGUCAGUUUAUUAUAGAAAACCAAUACUGAUGUUUCUAGAUUUUAAUUGCUUGUCAUAUUGAUGAGGCUAGCACCUUAAUAAUCACUGUUUAACUAGUUUUGUAUACAUUUUUCAAAAUCAAUUAUUUAUUUUAAGCCAUUAUCAAUAGAGUGGCCAUUUUAAUGUUCAGCAAUCCAGAUAGUCUUACAGUUAUUUUCAGUUAAAAUUAAAUUUCAAAAAGAUACUUCCAAAAACCCUAUUUAUUUUCUUGUUCACAGUAUCUAGUGCAUGACGAUAGUAAAUGUUUCCCCUUACUGACAAGUGGCCACUUUAGGAGUGUAGCAAAUAUAGAUUGAGCUGUGUUCGAUUGCAAUAAUGUAUGUUAACUUCAGUAAUUAAAGACUUUACCUUUCUAUAUUAUGAAAUGUCUUAAUUUUGAGUUAUAACAUGUUUAUAUGAAUGGCUGUUGAACAUUCAAAGUUGUAUUAUUUGGGGAGAAAGGGAAAAUUUGACUUACAAGUGAGCCUUAUUAAGAACACUGCUAUAGUUCUGAAGGGGAAAUAUAAAGUAUGAUUAUAUAUUAAAAAACUUAGAUUAUAAAGUUAUAAUUACAAAAUAUAU